AGAGACCCUUCCAAACCAGGUAGGGAGUGCAAAUUAUACCCUUCUUAGAAGCCCUCAAAACCCUCUCUUUCUUGCGUUUCUCUGCAGAAACAGAACUCGCACUCCCCCCUCUCUCUCUCUCUCCUAAAAAUGGAAGAUGACGACGAAUUCGGAGAUCUCUAUACCGAUGUGCUAACGGCGUCGUUUCAGUCUCAGCAGCCGCCAGCUCCAGCUCCACAAGACAAAGCCGCCGCCUCCAAAGCCGCCGCCGGUGCGGGCCCCACUACCCGGCCGAUCGAUCUGAACAUCAACAGCGAUGACGAGGAGAUAUUAUACGGAGCUCCUAAUCCGAAUUUGAAUCCAAAAUUUACAGCCCCGAAUUCUAUUAUCACUGGUAACGAAAAAACCCUAGCCGCUUUGCCAGAUGUACAAUCCGGGUCGAACUUACCCGAAUUCAAUCUAAAUUUUAAUCAAAAAGCUGGAAAACUCGAGGAUUUGAGUGAUAUUAAUGAAUCGGAUUCGAGUGCUAGGGUUUUGGAGAAGAGUGAGGAUGUGAAAUUACCUAAAGGGGGUUUUCAAGAUUCAAAUUUUAUGGAUGAGGAUAAUAUUGAUUUCGUAGUGGAAGAGAGGGAUGAUAAAGAUGAUAUUUUGAUUGAGAAAGAUCAAAAUUUAGGUGAAAGAAACAAUGAGAUUCUAAAGGAUGGGAGUGAAAAUGUACAGAAUUUUGAGCCGUUGAUUCCCGGCCUGUCAAUCCCGGGCGUUUCAGGCGGAGGAGGGAAUGGUGGAGAUGGUAAUCUUGAGGAUGAUUGGGAUAGUGAUGAUAGUGAGGAUGAUUUGCAGAUUGUGUUGAAUGACAACACUCAUGGACCAAUGGGUAUGGAGAGAAUGGGGGACGAUGAGGACGAUGAAGAUGGAGAGCCUUUGGUUAUUGUUGCGGAUAAUGAUGGCCCGAGCCAUCCACCAAUGAUAAUGGAGGAGCAAGAAUGGGGUGAGGAAGGGGGUCCUGCUGCUAAUGGAGAGAGAAAGGAGAUUAAUGAUGCAUUAAAAGUGAAUGGAGCACCUGGAGGAGUGGUGGCAAAGGUUGGGUACAACAAUCAUGGAUACCAUCAUCCGUAUCAUUCACAGUAUAAGUAUGUGAGACCUGGUGCAGCUCCUAUGCCUGGAGCUCCUCUGUUGGGUCCUGGAGGAGCACCUGGUCAAGUUCGUCCCCCUGUCAAUGUGGGUCCAGUUGGUGGACGUGGUAGAGGUGAUUGGCGACCAACAGGAAUGAAAGGUGGCUAUGGGAUGUCCGGUUGGGGAGGCAGUGCGCCUGGCCGUGGCUUUGGGAUUGGGUUGGAAUUCACUCUUCCAUCGCACAAGACUAUAUUUGAAGUUGACAUAGAUGGUUUUGAGGAGAAACCUUGGAGACUUCCAGGCAUUGACGUAACAGAUUUCUUCAACUUUGGUUUGAACGAGGACAUCUGGAAAGAUUAUUGCAAGCAGCUGGAACAACUGCGACUUGAGUCAACUAUGCAAGGAAGAAUUCGGGUAUAUGAAAGUGGAAGAACAGAGCAGGAAUAUGAUCCAGAUCUUCCCCCAGAGCUUGCAGCUGCAGCUGGUAUUCAAGACAUUCCAUCUGAAAAUGUGAAUCAUGGUAAAACUGAUGGAACUUCAAGUGACCUAGCAAGAGGAUCUAUACGCAUGCGACCGCCACUACCCACUGGAAGACCUAUACAGGUUGAAACCGGUUCUGGUGAUCGCCUACCAUCAAUUGAUACCCGACCACCACGGCAGCGUGACUCGGAUGCAAUUAUUGAAAUUGUGUGCCAGGAUGAUGACCAAUACUCAGGGAAUGACAAGAAUGAGGUGCAAUUGGGCAAUAAUUCUCCAACAGAUGAUUUUAGAGGCGAUGCAAGAGGAGGCCCCCUGCAGGAGGAUUCUGAUGGUUUCCAGCAUUCUUAUAAAAGCCACAAGCAAGAUCUCAGUACUAGGAGAUCACAGUUUAUGAACCCUGUAGGUGAUCGUUUGACCAAAGGAGAUGGAGUGGGUCCUUUUCCCUCGGAAGCUCCUGGUCAGUUUGUUUCUGAUUCUAGAGGACAGACUUCUGCAUGCGGCAGCAAGACUAAUGUUGAAAGGGAAAACAAGGGAAGUGCACGCGAAGGAUCACCUGAUAUUAGUCCCAGUGGUGAUAGCAGAGACAGACUCCAAGUUGAUAAUCAGAGAGAAGAAUCAGUUGAAAGUGUUGAUCAUAGGCACAGUCCUGUCCCUCCUUCACCCACCACUGAUAGACCUGCUCAGGAGCAAGAUAUGGAAGAUAGAGAUAAUAUCCCUGAUCAACCUGUGGGAGCUGACACAAACAGUGAAGUUGUGAGAGAGGAAAUGGCUUUUGAUGCAAGAAGUGAUAGUGAAGCCAUGAAUGAUGAAUUUUUACAUUCUAAAAAGCAAAAGUUAAGUUCACGACGUGAACAAUCUUCUCCGCAAGAAACUGAUGGUGGAGAAGACUCCAAGGCUGGAAGAAGUAGCGAGAAUAGCAAAGCCCAAUCUGGAAGCAGUAGAGAUUAUCGCAAAUUACGGGAUGAUGUUGAGGAGGAAGUUGUUCAAGAUGGACGUUCUAUGCGCAUGGAUAAUGCCAAAAAAGCAGUUGCCAGGGACGAGGAUAGAGUCCGAAGAAGAGCCUACAAUGAGAAAGAAGCAGAAAAGCACCGUGGGGUAGUGAAAGGGAGGGAAGAUUCUUACUCCCGUAAAGGCGUUGACUCUAGCUCAGCCCAUUACAUUGACCGACGGAGGGAACGUGAAUAUUCAGAGGCAGUAUGGCAAAGGAGGGAUGAAGAUCUACCGGGGAGGAGAACUAAAGUGGAAGAACCACGAAAGAGAGAGCUUAUUGAUGAAACUGGAUCCAGACACCGCAGCAAGGUGCGAGAAUUUGAUGGGAGUGAUAGAGAAGAACGCCAUUUACAUAGAAAGCAGCUGGAGAGCAUUACGUUAAGGCCUGAUUAUGAUAAGGAUAUGGGAGCAAGGCAAAGAGACAGGGAUGAGUUGAAGAGGUAUGAUACCUUGGAUGAUCGCCACAAUAAAAGAAGGAAAGAAGAGACAAAAUUAAGUAGGGAACAUGCUGACAAGGAAGAUUCCUUCCAUCCGCAUGGAGAAAAUAUGGUUCAUAGAAAGAGAGACAGAGAUGAUACCUCAGAUCAUCGAAAGAGAGAUGAGCUAUUGAGACUAAGAGAUGAUGAGCAGCAUUAUAUCAGGCACAAAGAAGAUGGAGUAUUUCAGAGGGAGAGGAGUGACAGACAGCGAGAACGUGAGGAGUGGUAUAGGCUUAAACAGUCCCAAGAAGAGGCACUAUCAAAAAGGGAGAGAGAGGAAAUAAGGGGCGGUAUGCGUGCUGGGCGUGUUGCAGAGGAAAAAGCUUGGGCCGGUCAUUCUAGAGGGAAAGAUGAGCACAGAAACUCUGAUCAGCAUUUGAAGGAUGUGAGGCAUGCUGACCAUAUUAGAAGGAGGGAUCGUGCUGAAAAUGAAAGUCCUUCAAGGCUGAGGACCCGUGAGGAUGAGAGAAGAGCAAGGCCUGAUAGAGUGAGUGCACGCGAAGAUCGUGCUCUCCAUGCUCCUGAUAACUCCAGGGUGAAUGAGAAAAGACAUAAAGAAUAUUUAAAGAAAGGUAAAGAAUUUGAGGGGGAUCAUAACUCCCAGAUUGCUUCGAACAUGAACGAAGACGAACUGAAUGGACGGAGAAAUGAGAUGGUGAGCUUGAAGAGAAAAUUUGAGCAAGGAACCAAUGAGAACAAGGUCCACCGGAAUCGUCAGUCUUCCAGGAAACAGCAGGAAGAGGCAUCAUCAGAUGAUGAGCAACAGGAUUCCAAGAGGGGACGUUCCAAGUUGGAAAGGUGGACAAGCCACAAGGAAAGAGACUUUAGUGUCAAUGCUAAAUCAUCUUCCUUGAAUGUGAAAGACAUUGAUGUACACAAGAGCAGUGGUAUUUCAUUAGCUAACAAAAAUCCGGAUGAAGCUUUGAAGGCAGUCGAAGACAAUCAACAGCCUGCAGCUAACAAUAAAAAUGGAGGUGGUCCAGAAAUUAAUAAUGUAGAGACAAAGCAUAUGGAGGAUAAACACUUGGAGACAGUUGAGAAGCUGAAAAAGCGGAGUGAGCGCUUCAAGCUUCCAAUGCCAAGUGAAAAAGAAGCUCCAGUAAGUAAAAAGGCGGAAGGUGAUCCAAUAUCGUCUGUCCAAAGUGAAAUCCCUCCGGAUUCGGAGGUGAAGCCAGAGCGUCCAGCACGAAGGAGGAGAUGGACCAGCAAUUAAAUGAGCACUCAAUGAACAUCUUUGUUGGAUGACUUGUUUCCUCCUCCUGGAGUAUAUGUCUCCUUGGCUACUGUAUUUCCAAUAUGGAUACCUUGAGGAGCAGGCCUUGUUGUCUAUUCAGGACGUGGGGUUCGUUUAGACCUUCCAUAAUAGAUUUGGGAAUCUGUAACAUGUCUACUUUAUCUAUUUGGUUUUCUUAAUUCUGUAAUACAUGUAUAUACCAGUAAGCGUAACACUUUAGUGGCCCAUUGUUUGGGUGCCAGAAUUACAUUUUUGGUUAUUAAAUGACAUUGAAUUAUAGUGUAUGAGUAGUAAACACUGUAUACGAGAACCAUAGUUGGUGACUAUGGUUGACGACCACGUCCUCCAUGGUCUUUCUUCCUUGAACCA